CCCGCUGCGCGCGCCGCUUCCUGAGCGCGCGGCCGGCCGGCGGACCCGCCCUGCUGCUGGGCCCCGAGGCGACAGCCGAGGUACAGGUACCCCGGGUGCAGAUCGACUCCCUCUGCCCGCCGCCGUCGGAGCAGGCCUCGCGUCCCUUGUCCCGCCUUCUGCUGCGGCCGCCCUCCCGCCGGGCCAAAUGCAGGCUGUCGCCCUCCCCGAGGAGAUCCGUUGGCUCCUGGAAGAUGCUGAAGACUUCCUGGCGGAGGGCUUGCGGAAUGAGAACCUCAGUGCCAGUGCUCAGGACCAGAGAGACCACAUUCUCCGGGGCUUCCAGCAGAUCAAAUCCAGGUACUGUUGGGAUUUUCAGCCCCAAGGAGGAGACCUUGGCCAGGACAGCUCUGAUGACAAUCUGAGUGGGACUCACGGCCCACCCCUCCCAUCAGAUGCAUCCUUUUGGUCAGAUUAUCAGGAUGAGGGAGUGGAAAACAUCUUAAGAGGGGCUCAGGAGCUGGAUAACAUCAUCAAGCAAGGAUACUUGGAGAAGAAAAGCAAAGAUCAUAGCUUCUUUGGGUCAGAAUGGCAGAAGCGAUGGUGUGUGGUCAGCAGAGGCCUCUUUCUCUACUACGCUAAUGAGAAAAGUAAGCAGCCCAAAGGGACCUUCCUCAUUAAGGGCUACAGUGUCCGGAUGGCUCCCCACCUGCGAAAAGACUCCAAGAAAGAAUCCUGCUUUGAACUGACCUCCCAGGAUAGACGCAGCUAUGAGUUUACAGCUCUGAGUCCAGCUGACGCCAGAGACUGGGUGGACCAAAUAAGUUUCUUGUUAAAAGAUCUGAGCUCCUCAACCAUCCCCUGUGAAGAGGAAGAGGAAGAGGAAGAGGAGAAAGAAGAGGAAGAAAUGUACGAUGACAUUGACGGUUUUGACUCUGUCAAGUCUGGUUCCCAGUGCAGAGCCGUGACCUUGCCUGAGCCCACAGAGGAAGAAGAGGACAUUUAUGAAGUCCUACCAGAUGAAGACCUUGAUUUAGAAGAGGAUGCACGCGGCACUCAUCGACGGCGAGUGGACUACGCCAAUUAUUACCAAGGCCUGUGGGAUUGCCAUGGUGACCAGCCAGAUGAACUGUCCUUCCAACGAGGUGACCUCAUCCGCAUUCUGAGCAAGGAGUACAACAUGUACGGCUGGUGGGUAGGAGAGCUGAACAGCCUCAUUGGGAUCGUUCCGAAGGACUACCUCACCACCGCCUUUGAAACGGAAGAACCAUGAAGCCCAGGGAACAUAGUCUUCUCUCUAUCCUGCCUUCAUGAAGAAACAUACCAUCCAUCAAGAAUUCCCAUCUUCUCCUCUGGCCAUGGAUUCUUCUCUUUGCUGAACAGACUCCAAACUCUGCUACUUCAUGUGACUUUAAACCACUAAUAAAACAUGGAAGAAGAGAACAGCUCCUCAGAUC